AAGAAGAAAAUGAAAACUGUACUUAAAAAAUCCUAUUCCUAAAAAGAAUCCUAACAAUCCUAUUUCCAUUCCCAAUCAACCAUCAAAAUCUUACAAUGCAAUCAGACUAAAUCAAUCCAAAUAACAUCACAAAAGUAUGUCCAUCCAACGUCCACCAGAGUAUCACAAGGAAUGAUAUCCAAUCCAUAUAACCAAAUACCUAAAACGAAUCCAACCCAAACCUCUACCUAAAUCGCUCUCCAAUUAUCAGCUCUUCAAACGUGAUCAAAUCGCCACCAAUCCAAAGUAUGUCCACAUCCACAGCACUCUCCACGACAUGUAAUGAUCAAUAAUGGAUCGCCUAACAACCAUCCUCCCAAACGUGUCCAAUCUCGCCCUCUCCUCCCUUCAAAACUUCUCCAUCCCCUACACGAACAACACGAACAACGAAAUAAACUCGUCCCCCAAUUCAGUCCCUCACAGAGACUCAUUGCACAUCGUAAUCCCGGUGACCAUAAUCUACGUGUCCAUCUUCUUGACGGGGAUAAUCGGGAACAUAAGCACGUGCAUAGUGAUCGCGCGCAACAAGUCAAUGCACACGGCGACCAACUAUUAUCUGUUCAGCCUGGCUGUGUCAGACCUGUUGCUGCUCGCCUCAGGCCUCCCAGCAGAGAUCUACAUGGUGUGGUGCAAGUAUCCCUACAUAUUCGGCGAGGGUUUCUGCAUUCUGCGUGGGUUAGCCGCCGAGACAUCGACAAACGCCUCUGUCCUCACCAUCACGGCGUUCACCGUCGAGAGAUACCUGGCCAUAUGUCACCCAUUUUUGUCGCAAACCAUGUCCAAGCUGACCAGGGCGGUGAAACUGAUCCUCGUCGUAUGGCUGGUGGCUCUGUCGUUCGCCUUGCCCCAGGCGUUGCAGUUCGGCCUCGUGCAACACAAGGCGCAUCCGGAGGUGGUGAUGUGCACUGUGAAGAGGAUCCUGCUCCAACACUCCUUCGAAUUGUCCACCUUCCUCUUCUUCGUCGUUCCUAUGAGCCUCAUCACCGUGCUGUACGCUUUGAUCGGUUUGAAGUUGAGGAAGUCGAACAUGAUGAAGAGGAGCAGGGGGAGAGACGUGGGAGGAAGUUGCAGGCAUCAGACUGGAAGGUCGUCGAGAAGAGUGCUGAAGAUGCUUGUUGCAGUGGUGAUAGCAUUUUUUAUUUGUUGGGCACCAUUUCAUGUUCAACGGCUGAUCGCCAUUUAUGGGACAAACUCCGAGGAUCACAUAUCCUCGAAUAGCGAAUGGAUCGAGUUCCUCUAUCUUCUCAUGACCUACAUAUCCGGUGUAUUCUAUUAUAUCUCUACGACGAUUAACCCUAUAUUGUACAAUAUCAUGUCGAAUAAAUUUCGUGUUGCAUUUAUGGAAACACUAUCGAGAAGUUGCAGAAUACCCGGAUUGCCGAUACGACAUGAACAACGUUCAUAUUCGAGCCUGUCUCGAUCGCAGCAAAGAGCGAUUGGUGGAUCGAGAAACAUAGGAACGGCUGGAACUGGAAUUGUUCAUGAGAGUACUGAUUAUUCCGGAAAUUCUGGACACGAGGACAAUUCAAAACAAUUUACAUCGCUUGUUGAUCAAUUAAAAAUAGAUACGAUCCGAAACAAUAUCAACAAAAAGAACGAAGAUAUACUUUCGAAUGAGGUUAAACGCAAGAAUGAUAUAUGUUUGAAAAAUUCAAGAAAAUAUACCACUGUGAAUGUGGAUGAAUCCGGGAAAAAAUGGUGGCGUUUGCUAAAGUGGUUUCCUCGUUUGAAAUCUUUGAAAUUCUCAAGAAGAAAUACGUAUACUAUUCCGGAAAAUCAUAUCUUGAAGAGGCCAGAGGAGAUCUCGAUGACUUUGUGGAAUGAAACUAAUCAACAACGGCCCGUUUGAUAUAAUAGAGUUUUCGAAAGACGAAGAAUUAGGAUGAAAGUGAGGUUAUAAGGAAUGAUAGUAAGUUGAAAGUGAAAUAAUUUGACUCUUUUUUUAUCAUUAAUUUUAAAUUACAAU